CGAUAAAGACGCAUUUCGCAUUUCACAUUUCGCUUGGCGGCGCGUACACACAAAAAUACAGACAUAACAAAUUUUUCAAAGCUCAUGAUUGUAGAAAAAGCAUUUCACAUAUAAAUGAACAGAAUAAAUAGAUUUUUAAUAGCUGAAAAAAGCGCCCAGAUAUAAAUGAAUAUCGGCAAACACAUAAUGCAAGUGAUUAGCAAAUUCAAUUUUUGAUUUGAGUUGUGAAUUAAGUGACAUUUAUUUUUUCAAUAAAAUGGGCUUUAUCUAAAAUUUCAUGGAGUGACUUUAAAAUUUUUACUGGCUUUUUUAUGAUCGUUUAAAAGUCGUUAGCUACUUGUACCUACUGUGAAAUUGCAGCACUUAUAUUGAAGAAAAAAAUAUAAAAAAAUUAAAAAAUAUAAAAAAAUAAAAAAAUUGUAAACCCGCUUAUUUCACGGCUGACACUGGCAAUUAGCGAAAUGUCAACAAAACAUAAUUUACGAGUUUGCAUACACAAGCGUCAGCAAAUGCCCAAAUGGCAGUGGCAGCAGCAUUCGACGAUCACAGCAACUCUGUCACUGUUAUUGCUGCUACUGCUAGUAGGACAUGGCGGCGCACAGUACUCCUGGUGUAAUCCGACCUUGUGCGAGAAGGGCGUACGGCAUCUGGCCUGCCGCAAUAACGGCAACUUCGCCAGCCGCUGCGCCGCCGAUGCCACAGAGCUGGACAUUUCCGAUUAUAAGGAUCAAUUUGUGCAUGAACACAAUAAACGACGAAAUUUCUUGGCGCUUGGUCUGUUGCCUGGCUAUUAUCCGGCGGCUCGUAUGGCCACUAUGGUUUGGGACGAUGAGCUUCAAUAUUUGGCAUCACUCAAUCUACGCACCUGCAUACUGGAUCAUGAUCCUUGCCAUACAACCUACCGUUUUCAGUAUUCCGGCCAAAAUCUUUGUGGUGUUGUGCGCGAUCGCAAUCCGAAUGUGAAUGUGAGUGGAAUAAUCGAGGAAGUGAUGGGGCUGUGGUUCAAUGAAUAUCCGCUGAUCGAUAGCAGCUACAUAAGGAAAUUCAGAGUCACAAAGUACUUCGAAGACUAUGGCCAUUUUGCCGAAAUCGCUGUCGAUCGUAAUACUCAUGUGGGCUGUGGUAUUAUUCGUUUCACCCGCCCCGAUGUGCCCUUCGUCUAUAUCUAUAAUAUGGUUUGCAACUAUGCAUCGAUUUACGCUCUGGACACGCCAGUGUACACAGUGGGUCAACCGGGGUCCCGUUGCUUGUAUGGCAAAAAUCCAUAUUACCCUGGUUUAUGCUCAGAAAAUGAACCAAUCAAUCCGAAUUAUUAAAAUUUGUAUGGUGUGAUUUAAUAUAGUAGUUAUUUACUCGUAUUUGUUUAUGUGUAAUGCUAAGUUUAUUUUUAUGAAUUUUUCCAAUUUUUAUUUGUGUGCAGAUAAAAGUGCAAAAAUGAAUAAUAUAUUUUUAAGCCCUUUAGUUAAAACAUUAUUGUUUUUUCUUAAUGGUAUAUGCUUUUCAUCGUAUAAUUGGUUCAUAUACACGUAAAUUAUGCAUAUCCAAUUAAUGCAGGCAAAACUAUUUAAAGUAUUUAUAAUUUUAUUCUCUUCAUGGAACUUGUUAUCAAUGAAACCAGUUUGCAAUGAAAGUUGCCAUUUUAAAAACGGCAUAAUUAUUUAAGAAAAUAUUUGUUUCGAUUAACUAAGUGACAAUGCUUGUUAGCAGGUUUCAAUGAACUACGAAUUGGCAAAAGUGAUGAAGAAGCAAGCAAAAACAAUUUGUGUUAAAGGUUAUUGAAAUCAGUUGCCAGAUUGUAGACUUAUUAAAUAUUCAAUGUCAAGGAAAAUAAGAAAUAAAAUUUGCAUUGGCAA